UUUGCUUCUGUGAAAAAAUCCAAUAAUGCCAAUGGAGACCCUAACACAGGGCUCAGAUCUGGAGGAUCCUUUACAGGGCUACACAGGUCUUGCUCUCUGUCCUCGAACCUUAUCGUCUCUCCCAAAUCAGUACCCGUGCAAUCCUGCGGAUCUCCACAGCGCUCACGAAUUCCUCAAAUCCAUGCCCUUAGGAAGUUCCAGCAAGCUUCUAGAGCAGGCAAAAGCUAUUAUAGAUGGUAGUUCAAGUUGUCCUAGUGAAAUGAUUGGUCACGUAUCAUCUAAUGCGAAUAAUGAUGUUGUUUUGGGGAAAGAAGUGGAAACUCACCAAGAACGAAGACCAGCCUUGGGCCGAAAGCGAGCUCGGUUCUCUAUGAAGCCAAAUUCAAGUCAGCCUACUGUGAGUUUGGAACCAAGUUUGGACAUUGAUAAACUGAAAGAUCCAGAGGAGUUUUUUCUAGCUUUUGAAAGGCUUGAAAAUGCCAAAAAAGAACUACAGAAACAGACGGGUAGUAUUUUGGUGGACUCAUAUCAAAACGAUCCAGCUGUGGCCCCCAGGAGACGUCGACAGGGAAUUUUGGGGAGGUCUGUUAAGUACAAGCAUCGCCAGUCAACUUUUAUGGCCUCUCAGGGCACUUUUGAAGAGGACAUAUCUAUUCUCCCCGAUCAAAGCUCGCAACUACGGCAACCUGAUCCUAAUAGUGAAUCGCCAGAAAGGGAACUGGCUAGUUCAAUAAGCAAGACAGAAAGGGAAGUUAAUCAAGUAUUGGACAAAUUGCUAAAUGGUGAUUAUACAGAGCUAGAUGGGGAUGGAGCAGUCAAUGUGUUACAGGAGUGCUUGCAGAUCAAACCUAUUGAUUUAGAGAAAUUAAGCCUCCCUGAUUUUCUUGAUAUCCGUAGGAGUGACUUGAAAUCCUCACAAGGGCAUGUAGCCAAGGCUCGGAAUCCAUUGUCUGAUAUACAUAAUUUGGUUAAAGGGAUAACCAGGAAAUCCUCAUUGGAGCCUAAACUUGCGGAUAGUUUGAUAAAUUCCUCUGCUUCUCCGACUCCACCUAAAAGUCCAUUUACCUCAAUAUCAUUGAUGAAGAAGCGAAUCCUGCAAACCAAUGUAUCAGCUGAUCCAUUUUCACUAGAUGAAAUUGAAGGAUCACCAGCCAGAAGUUCUUUGCCUCUAGACAGUGUUGAAAAAGAUUCCCAUAUGGUUGAUACAGGAAAGGAGGCGAGUGUCUCUGGCAAGUUAGAGUCUUUAACUAUUGAAGAUGACGCUGGCGCUGCUGACAUGAGUCCACCUGGAGUUGCCAUUGGAGACCUCACUGGUCCAUCUGAUGAAUUUCUAAAUGAUUGGUCAAGUGGACCUGAUUCCGCUGCUGAUGUUGGUCGUAGUGGAUCUCAUUCUGGGUUGGAUGAUGACAACGAAAGCAGUGACAUGGAUAAUGGGGUUAUAAAUGAUAAGUUGAGUAGGGUUGAUGCUGAGGUGCAUGUUAGAAUAAGUGUAACUCAUGAUUUGGAAGGCAAAACACCGGUGCAAGAUACGACGCAGGAAGCACUGCCUUCUGCAUUACCCAAUCUCAGCAUGGACGAAAUGACCAUGGAAAGUUCUGACAUCACUCAGCCUCAGAUGGAUAAAUCAGGUCCUGCUGUAGUUGAGAAGCAUCUAAGGGAUGGAACAUCCAAGUCCCCAGCCGUUGUUUCACCUGAGCAUGAGGAGCAACCUUCAAGAGUUGCACUGAAUAAGAAAACAAAAGCCAAAAAGCGUCUACAAAGAGAAUCUGAGAGUAUGAAACUUUCGAGGAGGCAAAGCCUUGCAGUUUUUGGCACAUUAUGGGAAGGAGGUAAAAGGAAAAGCAACAGAAUCAAGUCAAGGCCUUUGGAAUACUGGAAAGGCGAGAGAUUUUUAUAUGGACGAAUACAUGACUCUUUGCCAACUGUGAUUGGGAGAAAGUACGUGUCGCCUGCAAAGGGCGGUGGAAAACCUACAGUCAGGGUGGAGUCUUUUGUGUCUGAGAAGUACAAAGAUCUGCUUGAUCUAGCUGCUCAAUGUUGAGUUGACUGUAAUUAGGUGUCUACGGCUCGAGUGGGAUACCAACCUGUGCAAUGAAUGGGGCAUCCUCUGCUUUGAUUUUUAGUUGUUUACCUUUGUAUCAGUUUCAUAGUUAUGCGACAACUCGAUACUUAAAUGUGGAUAUUUGUUAAUAUAGGUUGGUUGCAUUGAAACUCUUGUCUUGUAUGUGUAUUUUGCCUUACCAUAUUUGAUGUAGCUGCUGAUCAAUGUCCAGUUUCUGCAUUUGC